CGGUGCAUGUGAUGAUGCUCUAUCUACAUGGCACACCUUCAUGGCAGGGUUUUCGAUGGAGAUAUACGGUAUAUCCCAUAAAAGUGGCCUCCAGAACAUGGAAGAAACAGACAGUGGCUGACAAAACAGAGGAGCAACAAGAGCAUGGUUGUCCAACAGAACCUCAAGAAGUCUCUGCUUUGGAUAAGACCUGUUAUUAUCAUUCCCGACUGAAGGCUGACUGUCUGGAAGGAACACCCAAGGCUCUCAGCCUCAAAGAGGCUUUGGAGCUCUUCAGGCCAGACUUCAUCAGUCGAUCUCAGGGUCGGGUGAAGAGGUUGGAGCAGAGGGCCAAGAGAAGGAGAGCAUUGCAAGACUCCAAUCCAGACCCGGCGCAUGGCCCCAGGAAGGAUUGUGGCAAACAAAAGAGGAACUGUACCACUCCCGAUCCACGUAGCAAUAACCUUUUCAAGCCUAGAGAGAGGUCUAUAUCAGGCAGAGAGAUGCAGCUGAGGUCCAGGCGGAUUUACAGCAAGCUGCCGGAGGUGACAAAGAAAAAGGAGGAGGAGAAAAAGAGGGCUGUAUCACAAACCAACAGACUGCGAGCUGAGGUCUUUAAAAAGAGACUUCUAGAUCAGAUCCUUCAAAGAUAAACCAGAGACACUGAAAGACAGAUGGGGACUCCCGAUUAUUUCAACCCUCUUUCCUCCAUGUACAGUACAGUAUAUUAAAAGUGACUUUGUAUUUAAUACAGUUACUGUAAUAGUCUAUGCAAAUCUUUGCUAUGCUUUUGCAUAUAUAUUAAUUUUAAUGAGAUUCCUUUUUUGUUAAGUGACCUCUCAUCAUGUCUGUGAAGAUUCUCAGUCCUUCAGGUUAGGGUAUUUCAAAGUGCUGUAUGAAGGCAACUGGACUUGCGUGAGGUUCUUCAAAGCGUUUCACCUCUCAUCUGAAAGGCGACUUCACAUGCUUUACCAUGUCUAGAAAUGUACAUAUGAAUUGAUUUGUUGUGUAACAAAGACAAAUGUAGAUAUUUCUGCUUAUGCCACAAUGACAGCUUAUGGCAAAAUAAGCAAUGUUGACCAAAAUUAUUGUGAGUAUUCUAUUCAUGAAAAUUGUGUAUGAUGCCCAGGGCGUGUGGUAUUAAGUUAAUUGACGUUGUGUGCAGACAUUGACAAAGCCCAGCCUCCUCAGCUACCAAAGACACACUCAUAAUUAAAAAAUUAGAGGGGUUUGACAGUUGAAAUAUUAAAGCAAUGAAAAUGUAAUCUGUCUUCCCUGCUCAAAUUAACACCCAGUGAUUAAAUGCAACACAGAUUAAUCAUAUAAUUUAAUAUCAUUUCCCUCUAAUGCAACUCAAGUAUCUCACAAUGAAAUAAAGGAAUUCCAAGGACAUUCUGCGUUGACGCAGUGUCAUUUUCCAGGAAAUUGGAAGUGCUUUGUGCAAAGCACCAUGACUCUGUCAUUGGUACAGUACUGUAGGGCAGAGAGGCAAGAGAGGGGAGAACCAUGUUUCGUCACUGGCCUCACUUCUGCCUCGAGGCCUCUGGAACCUCCCAUCCGGAACAGUGGAAUUCCAAGCUAAUCGAACUCAGGAGACACGCAGCGCCUGUGAAAGGGGCCUUUGUCACAGAGCUCCAAACCAGAGAUGACAUUGUAAUAAGAGAGGAGACUUCUGAACACAGCUUGGGUCCACAUAUAGCCUGUGAAGGUGACUGACAUCUCUGUGGCAUUUAAACAGAGCCUGCUGGGAUGAGGAGAGAACAGGGAAAGGGAAGAGCGUGUGCUGCAGGUCUCAGACAAACCCACUGUAUCAAUAAAUAUAAUAAAGAGAUAAAUAAUUUAUAUAAAUGUUCUGUUGCGGCAGAUUUUUGGUGAGUGGAUUUCUCUGAAGUAAGCAGUGUUUUAAACCUCAAACAAAAUGAUAAGUUAAAUUUUGAAUAAUGGUUGUAUUUUAUU